AUGAUAGUGAUUAGAGGAUGCAGUGGUUCUAGACCUAACUCUUCUGGGUCCACUGCUGCUUCUACCUCAUCUACUACAGCACCGCAUAUUUUGGGGGAUGUUUCACCGGCUUCCCUCCCAUCAGCAUCUCCUGUUGCUGCCCCUACAGUUGCUUCUGCAUCGACCCUUCCUACAGAGUCACCAGUACAUCCAUCAUCUCACUCGACUACUAGUCAUUUUACAUCCGAAUCACUGCAUGUUAUACAGCAAGAUGGCGAUGGGAGCAUCUUUUGUCGUACAAUGAACAUUUCCCAUAUUAUAUCGACAAUCUUCAAGAAACGUCUUUAUAAGGAAGGUCAUGUUUGGAAAGAAGUGCAUUCAAAGACAAAGGGCUUGUAUUGGGAUGAAUUUGCGAAAAUUUUUCAGUGGGAUCCUGCAAUUGAUGCAUUGGUGAGAAGAGAGUGGGCACAAAAAGCAGCUAAGCGAUAUAUCGACAACAUUCGUGGUCCUGAUGCUGGUCCUUCCCGCCAUAUUGGGGGUUCUAUAUCUUCAGCGGAGCAUAAAAGACGAAUGACAAAGGAGUUUGGGAGAGAGCCUACACUGAUUGAACUGUUUGAACGAACUCAUUCUAAAAAAACUGAGGAAAGACAGAUGGUGUAUGUCGACAGACGUUCUUCGAGUGUCGCUGAAACGUACGGACAAUUGCUAGAACAAGCAACUCAACCAAAUGAGGGGUUUGAGGAGCCUCAGCAGCCAGAUUGUGACCAGAUAUUCAUCUAG